AUGUUUUUAGCAUCUAAAGGAUACAAUCCUUUUGCUAAUCAAAAUUCUACUCCUUUUCAAGUGCAAGGCUCUUCAAAUUCAAGUCUUCAAUUCCUGUUUUCUCCUGAAGAAGAUACUUCUUCCUUAAGCUUCUGCCCUGGGGGCCCAAAUGCGGAACCCAUAUUAUGUCUAACGGACUGGAGUGGAAAGAUUAACUUUUUGCGCCUUAAAGACCCAAACACUGUGAUUUUUAACUUAAUUUACAACGCACCGAUCUUAUGUCAUGACUGGCUGAACAACGAAAGUAUUGCCACCGGGUCUUGUGAUAACAUAGUUAGUGGUUGGGAUCUUCGGUCACAGAAGCGCUUUUCUUUGGCAUCCCAUUCUCAGCCCGUGAAAGUCGUCAAGUGGAGUGCAGAGUUGGUUGACACGCGCAGUUCCUCUGUUAGUAAGGAAUUGAAUUUAGAGCAAAAGAUUUUUGAUGCUGAUGUUAAAGGCAAUCUCUUAGCUGUGGCCACCUCCAACAGGCAUAUAUACGUGUACGAUUUACGCAACAUGUCUGGCCCUCUCUUGCAACGAUACUCCAUACUGUGCCACCAGUCUACCUGCAUCGCGUGGUCGCCUACCCUUGAGGGUUACGCCGUCGGUGGAAUAGACGGACGAGUUGGCUUUCAGCUUGUAAACGCCCCAAAAGGGUCCGGCUCGGUGCUCAAGGCACACAGAGACGACGGCCGCUUUAAGGUGGGCACCAAUAAGAGUUAUGCCUGCAACGACGUCAAGUUUCAUCCAGCCACUGGGACGCUAGCCACGAUCGGCUCGAACGGGUAUAUCCACUUCUGGAAUUUAGUGAGCCAAAAAGGGACGAAGCAUUUUGAAAUGCAGCGCAACCGUGAUGGGUCUCCUGCUCCAGUAAACAGAUGCUGCUUUAGUAAUUGCGGACAAAACUUCGCUUUCUCGCUUUCUUAUGACUUUUCGGAGGGCCCAAGACAUGGCGACGUUGAACGCAAAAUAUAUUGGUACAGAGUCAAUCCUUCCGACGUGCAGUAAAUAGUGUUUAGAUUUUUA